AUGCUUUUGAAAAUCGUUAUCGCUUUUGGGCUUGGUGUUGCUUGGGCUGAGGAACAAAUCCCAUGCGGAUUGCCACCAUUUACCGGGAAACUCCCCGAAAAGCAGGGCAUUGAAAUGAAGGCGACAUGGGCAAAUUAUACAAAAGGAUCAUGCGAUGAUCUACAAGAGCACACUUUCGCCAUUCUUGACACAUUAACUCCAGAGGAGAGAACUGUUGUCUUCGGUGCUCCGCCACAGUCCGACUCAUUUGAACACGAAGGAGUCCCAAUGUUUAUUCGAAUGAUGAAUCCAGAAAAUAAAAAGGCUUUUGAUGCGAUUUGGUUGAAUUCAGGGAUCGAAGAUGAUGUGAAACACAAAAAAGUCUCUGAGUUUGCCAAGCAAAAUUUUAAGGGAGAUCAACUAUCAAAUUUCAAUUCUUGGUUUGACGAGGUGCGGAGACACAAAGCGGCGGUGGAUGAGCGAAUCGCGAAACUCUCCAAAAAAGCAAAGGCAACUCUGAAGAAGAUUAUCAAAAUUCGUGCUCAAGAACAAGAUAUCUUAGCCAAGAUGAGCAAAGAGGUGGCCCGUGAACUUCAUGGUCUUAUC